UUCAAAUUAUGCAGAUUCUAUUAUGUGGAAAAAUAGUAUUAACUGGUGAUGGCAUAUGUUACCCAGGAUAUUGUUAAAGAUAAACCUAGCUUCUGUAAUCUUUCAACCAAGGUCAGGAGUAUUGAUUAGGGGUGUGCAGCACGGUAUCAUAGAAGUCGCGUUAUUAGAUGUUAUUACCAAGUCACUGAAUGUUAAUUAGCCUUAGUUAGAAUCUUGGAAGUCACAAUAAACAUUGGAUCUGGACAUUUUUCGUUUCUAUUCUGUUUAUGUUAUGUAUUUCUGAGUGUAGCCUACACAAUGCAGAGAAAUAAAAGGGAGACCCAAAUUCGUUUGAAGGACUGUCAUUGCAUUGUUAUGACACAUGCUGUAAAAACGUGUUGGCAAUGUGAAUAAGUUAACACUGUUGGUUAUUCAAAUAUAAUGAAUCAUUAUUUGAUAAAUAAUAUCCAAAUAACACUAUCAUAUACAAUAUGGUAGGAGGGUUAAACUCGCUAGCCAAAGGAUAGGCUACAAAAUGAAUUAACCACUUUGUAUGCAGGAAAGACAGCAUCAAACCACUACAGAUGGAUGGCAGGUUGAGGAAACAGCAUCAGGGCUUCAGGGGCAGUAAGGACAAGAUCACUGGAUGAUGGCCGCGCCAUUGUCUAUGGCUGCUUGUCGUCGCCGGUUGUUCCGUCUGUUUGUUCUAGCUUUGCUUGUCUCGUCCUAUGUGCAUGUUGUGCAAGGCGUUAUUGUCUAUGAUCGACAAACGCUACUGAACAUUCGAGCUUCUAUUGUGGAUUUAACUCUGAACGCUGAAGACGGGAAUACCCACAGUUGUCUGCUCCCUUGUCUACCUCGUCUACCUGGAGAGGUAUGGGCUCCCCGAUGCGACGGUCACUGUAAGAGGAGACCCAGGAGGCGGAGUAAACGUGCAGGCGCCUUGGUUAAACUGAGAAGCCUAGCACGUUCAAACUCUGGUUUCCCAGACCACCAACCCUCCCAGCUUAAUGACGAUGGACCCGAUCGGCGCUCCCAUUACGUCCACCGGCGUUCCUUGGAGCCCAGAUAUACAGCACUUCACCCGCUAACACCGGUCACAAACCUGGAGGCGCUAACCCCACCUGCGUGCCCCAGGCUACGUGUGAAGCGAGGCAGGGCAAAUCUUCUCAACCUCCGGCCUCUGGUCUGGAUGCCGUCGCCUUCGGUUUGCGGACCCGCUAUUGCUCCAGACCCAGUUGAAGUCAAAAUGGCUUUAAUCAACGCGAAUCAUAUAUCUAACAAGACUUUCAUCCUGAAUGACUUUACGAUCAAUAACGGAUUGGAUUUCCUACUGGUCACGGAGGCUUGGCUCAAUACUGGUGAGUUUGCCCCCCUUGUCGAAAUGUGUCCCAGUGGCUUUGACUUUCUUAGUACACCCAGAUCAUCUGGACAAGGUGGAGGAUUAGCCGCGCUGUUUAGGAACACUUUCAACUGCCGCGUUAUUAACUGCGACCAAUUUUCUAGCUUCGAGGUACAGUUGAUGUUAUUGGACAUGGAUAUUCCUCUCUUGAUUGCGCUUGUGUACCGGCCGCCCAGCAGCAAGAAGUUCAUUUCUCAAUUUUCGGACUUCCUGUCAAACAUAAUGUCUAAGCAUGAAAGAACUCUGAUCCUUGGUGAUUUUAAUAUUCAUGUGUGCUGCCCCUCUAAGCCUAUGGUGUCUGAUUUUAUACAACUGAUUGACUCGUUCGGUUUUGUCCAGCAUGUAACCGGCCCCACGCACAGACUAGGCCAUACACUUGAUCUAGUUUUAACAUCUGGUGUUCCAGUCAGCAUUCAGCAUUCAGUCAGCAGUCAGCUUCCAUUGGGCUGAUGAGCGCCUUGGCUAGCCUGCCUUAUGUCUCUGAAGUCCCUCAUCCAUCCGUGACGCUGCACAUCCAAUGUCUGGAUGGAGGGAUUGCUCAGCAAGGGUGCCUAACGUCAAUCUGCAAGAGAUCUGCAGCUGCCACGACCACCGAGCUGCGGCUGACAUGCGAGCUGCCAUGCUAGCAUCUACCGGUGCCUGGAGUCUGGAUUGAGUGCUAAGAAACUCUGAUGACAGCGUCAACCAUGAAACAACAAACAACAAACGGUCACUGUCUAGGGCCACCGAGCUGAUAAUCAGCAGGGUCGUCCAUCACAAAUUCGGACGGUCUUGUCCUUCCAGUGCUCUCCAGACUGCCAGUGAAUUCUCCGGGUUGGUCAGUUAUAAAGAACUUUGUUGGUGUUGCAUUGUGAAGACACAGCUGUGCGCAGUUUUCACACGGGUCAUCUUUGCCCUUGGACCUUUUCAGCCGGUUGGAAAUUGGACUAAUUUUAUUUUUUAUUUUUAUUUAUUUUAUUUAUUAAUUUGUUUGUUGUAUGUCUUGGUGUUCACGGGUACGCUGGCGACUACGCCGC